UGGUAUUUUGGACAAACCAGGGGUGUUUCAACAGUAUAAAAAGAGAGCCCCAUUUCAGGGGACUUUCAGGUCACUCUGGGACAUCCCUCUGUGUGGAUCUCCUGUGGUGAGCAGCAAUAAACCCUUGCUUUUCCCAUUCAUGGCUCUCUGUGAUUUUGUCAUCCUCAAACUGAUGAAAUAGACUUCAUUAAAAAUUCAUCAUGAUGCAGAGUUGUGAGAGUAUAAAUAUGUGGACUUUACAGUGAAUCUCGUACGAGUUUGUGCUGAAAUAUUCUCACUGCAGAACUCUUCAGAAACUCAUCUGAAUCACCUGAAACAUCAUGUCUACUUGCAUAGCUGGAGGCUGGACUAAAUGGAGGACAACUGAUGAUGAUGAUGUGAAGAAUAUCUGCGAGUUGGUGAAACCUGAAGCUGAGGAGAUGGAAAAAACAAAGUUUACUGUUUACGUCCCCCUGAACUACCGAAGCCAGGUUGUAGCAGGAAUAAACUACGAAAUGAAGGUGUUUGUGGGAAAUGACUCGUGUCUUUUUCUGAGAGUUUUCCAGGGACCCGGUCCUGAUCCUGAAUCAGUGCUUCAGAGAACUACAGUGUUUUCACUUCCCAGCAUCAUUACCCAUUAAAAUCCCUGAAUAAUGAUCUGUGUGUAAUGAAAUGUUCUUUAUCAUUGCUUCAUGUUUGUGGUAAAGAGACAACUUAAAGACAAUAAUAAACUUCUUCAAAUGAUCAGUACAAA